GAACCGUGUGACUGGGUGACAUCUAGCGGCAGAGACACGGUACUGCAGCGUGUCAUUGAAAAGCCGAGAGAAAACGGGCUCCAUUUUGUGUCCUCCUCGCAGUAAAAGCAGCAAGACAAUCCCUCCGAAGGAAGGAAAAAACCCAACACAAAAGACAUAUUUUACAGGCAGAAUGAGUGGCUGCCGCAUAUUUGUGGGCCGGUUGAACCCGUCCGCCAGAGAGAAGGACGUGGAGAGAUUCUUCAAAGGAUACGGCCGCAUCCGAGACAUCGACCUCAAGAGGGGCUUUGGUUUUGUGGAGUUUGAUGAUCCUAGGGAUGCUGAGGAUGCAGUUUAUGAGUUGGACGGCAAGGAGCUCUGCAAUGAGAGGGUGACCAUUGAGCAUGCUCGUGUGCGCCUGCGUGGUGGGCGAGGACGUGGUGGUGACAGAGGGGGAGGAGGAGGAGGAGGAGGAGGAGGCCGCUUCCCAGAUCGCUAUGGCCGUGGCUCCCAGGAUAGUCGGAGGACCAACCAACCAAGUGGACCACCGGCAGAUAGGAACCCCCCACCGAUGCGCACGGAGAACCGUCUCAUCGUGGAGAACCUGUCAUCUCGCGUCAGCUGGCAGGACCUGAAGGAUUUCAUGAGACAGGCUGGGGAAGUCACCUUUGCAGACGCACACCGCCCCAAGCUCAACGAAGGAGUGGUUGAGUUCGCUUCUUACAGCGACCUGAAAAACGCCCUUGAGAAGCUGUCUGGCAAGGAGAUCAAUGGAAGGAAAAUCAAACUGAUCGAGGCAGCUAAGAAGAGGGGUUCAAGGAGUCGUUCCCGCUCUGAGAGCUCUUCUCGUUCUCGCUCCCGUUCUCGUAACCGUUCCCCGUCCCGCUCCAGGACCCCUCGUCGUUCCAGGUCCCACUCCCCCAAAGCCCGCUCCCCCAAGAGGGACUACAAACGCUCUCGUUCUCGUUCCCACAGCGGCUCCCCAGCGCCCCGUGCUGCUGCCCCUGGCUCCCCACCCCCGAGGGCCAAAGAGACCUCUUCCUCCUCCUCUAAACGACCCUCUAAGCCCAGCAAGUCUGCCUCCCCCAACUCCACUCCCCCUGCACAGCGUGCACCUUCCAGGUCUCCUUCCAGGUCUCGUGGCUCUCGCUCCCCGUCUACGGACAGCCGCCACUGAGAACACCUAGCGCAGGAGUAUACACGUUUUAAAAUAAACACACACCUCGUACAUAAAUACUCACAUUCAGACAAAACAGGACAGGGCAGGAACUGUUUUACCCAGCGGUUCUUGCCUGGUGUCCCUGUAUUUCCCCCUCCGUUUCCUCCCUCCGCUCUUCUCUUCUGACAUAGCUGAUCUUUGACCUACUUUUGUAUGGUCAGUGUUCUCAGUAAAAGCGUGGCUCUUGCUGUGAACACAACGAGGGCUUCGUUUUCAAUUUGAGCAUCAAGUCUAAAACCUUCUGGGGGUUUUGGUUAGUAUUUUUAUUUGUAAUAAUGGAUGUAAUUCUUGGUAAGGUAUUACAUUUUUUUUAUUUUUUAUCAUUCAACACUCGUGUGGUGGACCCCCCCCCUCUACCGGCUUUUGUUUGUCAGCUCUGAUAUCAUGAGCUGUUGAGAAUUCAAGUCCCGUUCCAUGAUGGCUAUGAAUGUGAUUGGCUAAGGUUUUGGGUCGAACCAUUCUGAUCUCAGUGUAGGGUUCUUUUUUUGGGGGGGAUUUGAUUAGUUUUAUGCUGUGAUUUAUUUGAUUGAACGCCAUUCUUCUUUUUUUGGGGGGUGUAUCAGAUUGUGAUCUGUUUUUUUGGGGGGGGGUGUAUCAGAUUGUGAUCAGUUUUUUUUUGUGGCGGCAAUAAAGGUCCUCGUUUUAAGACGUCUGGUGAAAACAUUGUGGCAGGCUGCGUUAUUAUUUCACCCGUUUUGUUUUGACCGUUUUACCGGAGUGGUUGUCUGUGUCUGUACUCUUUUGUUUCUAUAAAGCAUUAUACACGUUUCCUUUCACAAGGUAUUGUAAUGAAGCGUCGACACAACCUAGAGAAUAGUUUGGAAAGUAACAAUUUUUAAUGCUAAAUGAAGUCGUUUUUGUUUGUUUUUGUUUUUUUUUCUCUCUCCGUGUUCAAUAUGAGGGUUGUAAUUUGUACUUAAUUGAAAAAAGAACAAGACACAGCAAACGACAAAUGAAAACAGUUUUAAAUAAAGCGCCCAGGGCAUUUUGUAUGUCAGAACUUGAGAAUAAAGUGAAACUUCCACAAAGAGUUGUUUGCCACUGUUUGUAAAAAUGUUCUUAGUCGUGGAUUUAGAUUUAGAUUUUAUUGUUUGAAACAUUCAGUAUUAAAACGUCACUUAUUACAAUGUUUUCUAUAGCUUGUACACACAGACCUACUGCACUAGCUUGCCUUGAUCAUAAAUACACGUGUAGUACAGACAGUACGUACUUAUAAUUACCAAUUUCAUUCCGGAAAUGUGUCAUACGGUAGUCAAUUGGCGCAAUCGCUCCACCUGUUCAAAACGACAGUAGCCGUGCCUCACCAUCAAUGCGAGACACCGAUUUGUAAAUGCAGUUACUGGGGGGUGUUUUCAAGUCGACUGUACUUAUCGUAAUGGUUCAUGGUAAAUCAUCAGACUGAUGUGAUUGUUUCUGGAUGCUCGAGAGAAAUACUGAUCAUUCGGAGAGAGAUACUGAUCAUUUGGAGCUUCCGGAACAUUCUGUGACCGUUAGGGAUCCCUGUCAGUUCAGCCGAUGCAGCAGCCACUCUGCCUGGGCUACAAAAAUGACUUGCAUGAUAAAACAGUACAUCAUAGUUACAUUCUGCAUUGUACAACAAUAUUACAAUGUGUGUGUGUGUGUGCUUGUGUCUGUACCUUUGUGUGUGUCUCUUCACAGUCCCCGCUGUUCUACAAGAUGUAUUUUUAUCUGUUUUUAAAUCUAAUUUUACUGUUUGCAUCAGUUACCUGAUGUGGAAUAGAGUUCCAUGUAGUCAUGGCUCUAUGUAGGACUGUGCACCUCCCAUAGUCUGUUCUGGACUUGGGGACUGUGAAGAGACCUCUGGUGGCAUGUCUUGUGGGGUAUGUAUGGGUGUCAGAGCCGUGUGCCAGUAGUUUAGACAGACAACUUCUAGCCUUGAUUUUUCACUCUUGAUACCAUAUCUACAGUCUUUCACCUUUUAAUGUGUAUAGUGUUACAUACUAGGUGUUGUCCAAUGAAUUCCUGUAAUCACUCCGGCUUCAAAUCAGGGUUGAUUGAGAAAAGCUGUUCAAAAGAGGAUAAUGCAUAUCUUUGUACUCCCUGACGAAGGCCAUGCAGCCAAAUUGUGUCAAGUUUUUCAGUCUUUGUUUCCACUGAUCAUGCCAUUCAAAUAAAGGCAUUUUAAGUAA